CAAAACAAAAACAGUACAGUGAGUCAGUGAAGCUGACAUUCACACACACACACACACUCACACAAAAUCAAAAACAAAUUUUCACGAAACCCGAUGCUUUAAAAUUAUUCCUCUACUGUUUCAAUUCCAUCUCCUCUUCCUCUUGUGUGGCAAUUUCUAGGGUUUUCACAUUUUCCUUUUUUUUCCCAUUUCUGGAAACUGGUAAAAGAAGGCUUCUUUUUACCUUUGGGGGAGAAACAAAAAUGGAGACAGACGAAGCAUACCAAAAGAAAGAACGUGCUGCACUAGUAGCCAUUGUUGUUCUUGCUUGUCUUGCUUUAUCUUCUCUGUUCGUCGCUUUUAGCUACUACUGCUAUAUUCGUAACAAAGUUUCUAAGCGUCACAGAAUUAGCAAGAGGUUUGAUUGCGAGGAGAAAGGCGAUUGUCAAAAAGUACAAGAUGUUACUGACAAUGGGUUGCAAAUUUUCACCUUUAAGCAAUUGCAUUCAGCAACUGGUGGAUUUAGCAAGUCUAAUGUGGUUGGGCAUGGUGGGUUUGGGUUAGUUUAUCGCGGUGUGCUUAAUGAUGGAAGAAAAGUUGCUAUUAAGUUCAUGGAUCAUGCAGGAAAGCAAGGGGAAGAAGAAUUCAAGAUGGAGGUUGAGUUACUGAGUCGUCUGCGUUCACCUUACUUGUUGGCACUUCUUGGUUAUUGCUCAGACAAUAGUCAUAAGCUGCUUGUGUAUGAGUUCAUGGCAAAUGGCGGUCUGCAAGAACACCUGUAUCGUACCAACAGGUCUGGUUCUGUCCCAGUGAGAUUAGAUUGGGAAACUCGGAUGAGGAUAGCUGUGGAAGCUGCAAAAGGUUUGGAAUAUCUCCAUGAACAAGUAUCACCCCCAGUGAUUCAUAGAGACUUUAAGAGCAGCAAUAUUCUGCUGGACAGAAACUUCAAUGCCAAAGUUUCAGAUUUCGGAUUGGCUAAAGUCGGAUCAGAUAAAGCUGGAGGACACGUUUCUACCCGUGUAUUAAGCACACAAGGAUAUGUAGCUCCUGAGUACGCUUUAACCGGUCACUUGACAACAAAAUCGGAUGUUUAUAGCUACGGUGUUGUCCUGUUAGAGUUACUAACCGGUAGAGUUCCAGUAGAUAUGAAGAGAGCUUCAGGAGAAGGUGUACUUGUCUCUUGGGCUUUGCCUCAAUUGGCUGAUAGAGAGAAAGUGGUAGACAUAAUGGAUCCAACACUCGAAGGACAAUACUCAACAAAAGAAGUUGUUCAAGUUGCAGCAAUAGCAGCAAUGUGUGUUCAAGCAGAAGCUGACUACAGACCCUUAAUGGCAGAUGUGGUGCAGUCACUGGUUCCACUGGUGAGAAACCGUAGGUCAGCUUCAAAGCUUAGUGGCUGCUCUAGUAGCUUUAGCUUGGCUCGGUCUCCUAACUCGCCGGGUAAAGCAAGCAUAGGCUCUCAGUAAAUCAAUCAGAGAAGACAAACUGUGAGGUUUUUAAUAAGUACUACGGGAUUUACUAAAACAGACUAUAAUGUAACACCUUUGAGUUUUGAGUGAUCAAACAUGGAGAUUAAGGGCUUGA